AUGUCCUUCUUUGCAGAAGGAAACUCCAUCACUCGGCCACCUCUAUUAAAUGAUACUAAUUAUCCGUACUGGAAGGUCAGGAUGAGGGCAUUCAUCAAGUCACAAGUGAGAAGGCUUGGAGAUCUAUACUCUCGGGUUGGACUCCACCGAUUGAAAAAGAUGAUGAAGGUAAUUCAAAGGAGGCGUGGAAAAUCCCUCAAACUCAGUUUUGAAGGUACCGUUGAUAUAAAGAGAUCACGUUUUACCAUGUUGCAAACUAGAUUUGAUGAAUUAAGAAUGUGGGAAACUGAAAAUUUAUCUGAGUUUUAUGAAAAGUUGUCUGAUAUUGCUAAUGAGUUUUUUGCCUUGGGAGAAAAACUAGAUGAAUCUGUGUUGAAAAAGGGUAAGCCGAAUCCUUCAAUUGAAAAAACAAAGGUAUUGCAUUUAAAGUUGAUGAAAAAAGAUGUUUCUGAUGAUGAGAAAGAUGAUGAAAUGGCCUUGUUAACAAGAAAUUUUCAAAAGUUCAUGAAAAAGGUUGGAAAUAAAAAUAAUUUUUCAAAAGCUCCAAAAGGUAACACCUCUUCUAAACCUUUUGUUUCUAACAAUAAAAAGGGCAUUCAAUGUCGAGAAUGUGAUGGUUAUGGUCAUAUACAAUCUAAAUGUGCCAACACAUUGAAAAAGAAUAAAAAAGGUUUUAAUGUUACUUGGAGUGAUGAUGAUUCUGAAAGUAGUGAUGAGGUUAAUGAGAAAGUUGCUUUAACCAAUGUUUUGUCAAGUGCUUUUCAGGAAAGAGGAAAAAUUUUGUGUUUAAAAAAUACCUUGAUUGAUGUUGAUAAAAAGGAAAUUGACUCGGAUUCAGACGAGUCAGAACUCAAUGAAGAAUCAUUGGUUGAAUCAUACAAGGUAAUGUAUGGUAUAUGGUUACAAGUUUAUACUGAAAAUCGUUCCUUGGUUAAAAUGAAUAAAGAAUUGUCUCACAACAUCAAAGAUCUUGAAGAAAAUAAUAAAUGUUGUGAAUUUGAGUUGUGUUCGAAAAUUUCUGAAAUUGUAUUUUUGACAAAAGAACUUGACAAAUUGAAAAGAAAUUUUAAAAUGCUAAAUCCAGGUUCUAACAUUUUUGAGGAGAUUCAGAAUUCAGCAGAAGGUUCUGUUUCUACAGAAAUGAAGCAGUCAGGAAAACGUGAAAAUUCUCAUGGGAAAAAGAAAUGUUUCAUUCCCUCUUGUCAUUUUUGUGGAGUAAAAGCUAGAAAUGUCAUAGGGAUGGGAACUCUUAAUUUUGAAGGUCUACCCAGGCUUAAGAAUAUAGUUUUGGUUGAAGGACUAAGAGCUAAUCUUCUUAGCGUUAAUCAAAUUUGUGAUCAAGGUUACACUGUUAAUUUUGAUAGUAAUCGUUGCUACGUUGUUAAUGACCAAGAUGAAAUUAUUUUGCAAGGGUUUAGACCUAAUGAUAAUUGUUACACUCUCACUACCUAUGCUACUUAUCACUCUGCCAUAGAUAGCUCUACUGAUUUAUGGCAUGAAAAGCUUGAACACAUUCAUUUCAAAAUUUUGAAAAAACUGUCAAAUGCAGGAAUUGUUCGAGGAUUACAAAAACUGGUUCUUGAACUUCUUCAUAUGGAUCUAAUGGGUCCAAUUCAAGUUGAAAGUUUGAAUGAUUUUAAUAUUGGAAAGAUUGUUUGGAUUAGGAGUGAUCAUGGAAAAGAAUUUGAAAACACUGUUUAUGAUGAGUUUUGUAAAUCUAAAGGUAUUUCUCAUGAAUUUUCUGCUCCAAAAACUCCUCAACAAAAUGGAGUUGUUGAAAGAAAGAAUCGAACUUUGAUAGAGAUGGCUAGGGUAUACAAGGAAGGAUUGGGUACGCUUCAGAACUCGGGUACAGAUAAGUUCAGUAUCAGGGACAUUAUGGAAGGUGAUAAUGGUUUGACAGGAAGAAUUGCUGAAGUUGUUGAAGAAGUUUGA